CAAACCAAAGCCCAAGCCUGAAAACCCAUUCAUUUGUUCUCCUUUCUGUUGCGUUGGGCAUCACUCUCUCAUAUUUCUCAGCCAGAGUCACAGUAGCCUCUGUCUCUCCGUCCGUCACAUCUCUAAUUGUAAAUACAUCUCUUUGCUCUACGCGUGGGAAUUCUUUGUUAAGCUAUUUGAAGUCAUGGUGGGGUGGCAGAGACAUUUGCAGUUUGUUCUUCGUCAAGUUGGAAAAAGGGUGGAACAUAAUUUCAAUGCAUCUUCCAAGUUUUCUUCUCUGUCUCAUGUGGAAUCCCCUCUUUUUCCGGGUCAGUUAGCACAUGUUCAAAGGCUCUGGAAAUCACCCUCUUCAAACUUCUCGAGGCCUUUAUAUCAGUAUCUGCAGCAAUUGGGUAUUUCCAGCUCAAGGAAGUUACUGGCAGAGUCAUCAAAUGAGACACCUAUUUCAUCUCCAUUGACUCCUGUGUUAGCAAUAGAUAGUGGAAAAACUGAUGAGCAGAAGGUGGUAGCUAAACCCUCAAAAGUUCAAGCAGUUCGAAAGGGCAUAAAACAGAGUCCUAAAAAGGUUAACUUGGUUGCCAAAUUGGUACGUGGCAUGCGUGUGGAAGAUGCAUUAUUGCAGCUACAAGUGACCAUAAAGCGAGCAGCACAAACUGUCUAUCAGGUUAUUCGCUCUGCCCGAGCUAAUGCCACUCAUAAUCAUGGGUUCGAUCCUGAUCGUCUACUUGUUGCUGAGGCAUUUGUGGGGAAGGGAUUUUAUAAGAAAAGGAUUUCAUACCAUGCCAAGGGAAAAUGUGGAAUUAAAGUAAGACCAGAAUGCCGUUUGACAGUGGUUGUUAGGGAGAUAACUCCAGAAGAGGAGGCGCAAAUAGCCCGGUUGAGAGUCCACAAUUUCCGCAAGAAGACUAAGAGGGAAAAACAGCUUGUACCUCAUACGCUUAUUGAGACAACUCCAAUUUGGAACCGAAAAAGAAAAACCCGCCGUGAUGAACCAAAUGUGGCUGCUUAAGGUUAAUUUCUUCAUGUUUAGGCCUUUUGUUGCAAGUUUUUAUUAGUUUGUGAGACCUGGAUCUGCGUUAUAGCAGGAAUUAUCGUGUAGAAUUGUGCUACCAAAAUAUAGCUUCAGAGGCCGCAUGUGGUUUCCAACACUAAAAUUUAGAAUUUCAGGGAAACAUAUUUCCAGUUUAAUUCAUCUGUAGAAUGAAAUAAUUUUUUGUAAUGAACAUAUAUCCAUAAUUCUCUGUUUCUUGAUACCAUUUUAGAAGACUGUAUAAAAAGUAAAUCAAAUUUUAUCA